AUGACAGGCAAUGUCGCUGAUCUGGUUUCGCCUCUAGCCUUCCAUGCCGUCCAUGAAGCCAAAGAACUUCUGGCCAAGGCAGGAUUCCAGGAAAUUAAGGAGAAAGACUCCUGGGCGUCGACCUGCAAGCCCGGAGGCAAAUAUUACUUGACUCGCAAUACCACUACCCUGGUGGCUUUUGCGAUCGGCAAGCAAUGGCAGCCCGGUAACUCGAUCUCGAUGAUCGGUGCUCAUACUGACUCUCCCGUCUUGAGGGUCAAGCCCGUGAGCAAGAAGAGCGGGGAAGGCUUCGUGCAAGUCGGUGUCGAGACCUACGGUGGAGGCAUCUGGCACACCUGGUUUGAUCGUGAUCUCGGUGUUGCUGGCCGUGUGAUGACUCGGGCAAGCGACGGAUCUAUUGUGCAGAAGCUCGUCAAGAUUGACCGUCCUAUUCUGCGCAUUCCGACUCUGGCAAUCCACUUGGACCGCCAGGAGAACUUCUCCUUCAACAAGGAGACUCAGCUGUUCCCCAUUGCCGGCCUCAUUGCCGCUGAGCUGAACCGCACUGGAGAGGCCACGGCCCCAGAGGCGAGCAACGAUGCUGACUUCUCGCCUCUCAAGUCCAUGACCGAGCGUCACCACCCUUACUUCGUGGAGCUGAUUGCUUCCGAGGCCGGCGUUAAGCCCACCGAUAUCUUGGACUUCGAAAUGAUCCUGUUUGAUACUCACAAGUCAUGCCUUGGUGGUAUGCUGGAAGAAUUCAUCUUCUCCCCUCGCUUGGACAACCUGAACAGCACUUUCUGUGCCACCGUUGGCCUGAUUGAUUCUGUUGCUGAGCCCUCCGCUCUGGACAACGAAGAUGCAAUCCGCCUGAUUGCUCUCUUCGAUCACGAGGAGAUUGGCAGCCGCACAGCACAGGGUGCGGACUCGAACAUUCUUCCGUCGAUCAUCCGCCGUCUGUCUGUCCUUCCAUCCUCCUCCUCUAAGGACGCCGAUCUUUCCACCGCUUAUGAGCAGACCUUGUCCACUUCAUUCCUCGUCUCUGCUGACAUGGCUCACUCGAUCAACCCCAACUACUCGGGCAAGUACGAGCCCGAUCACAAGCCGGAGAUCAACAAGGGCCCCGUGAUCAAGAUCAACGCCAACGCCCGUUAUGCUACCAACUCCCCUGGCAUUGUCUUGCUGGAGGAGAUUGCGCGCAAGACCACCAAGGAUACCGGUGUGCACGUCCCUUUGCAGCUGUUCGUCGUUCGCAACGACUCGAGCUGUGGCAGCACUAUUGGUCCCAUGCUGUCUGCUGCUCUGGGCGCACGUACUUUGGAUCUGGGUAACCCUCAAUUGAGCAUGCACAGCAUCCGUGAGACUGGAGGUACUCACGAUGUUGCCCAUGCCAUUCGUCUCUUCACAGGCUUCUUCAAGCAUUACUCGGAGUUGUCGAAGAAUAUUUUGGUGGAUUAA